AUGGCGCAGUAUGCAGCUGCACCAUACAGAGUUCAAGAGAUAAACCUUCCUCCAUUAUAUUGGAAUGCAUUGUCUCAAGAUGAUAAGAUAGAGUUCCAAAGAUUGCGCACAUUAUUUCAUAAAAACCAAAAAACAUCAACAAAAGAUAGAAGACUUGUUUCCUUUUCCAAUGAAUUACAGACAGUUUUAAAGUAUCUGGAGCAUUCCGCGAGCGGAAGAGAAAACAGAACUAUUCUAGUUGGUGUUUGUUUCGCUGGUCAGUUUAUUUGCGUUAAUACUCGUCAAUUAAAGAACUUUCUCGGUAGGUGCAAAUCAUCUAUCAACGGUAGUUUACAGCAGCUAGGCUAUGUAGCAUUGAAGACAAAAUCAAAAGCACGAACAGUUGUAUUAUCUAUUAUACCUUCUUUAGCGAAUGAUGCAAACGUACUCCGCCAAUGGACAGUACGUGUUGCUUCUAAUGAUGCACAGAUAUGCUUCCUUUCCUCAAUCAGAUCGAUUCAAUUGCCAACCAUUACAGAUGAAGACAUAAAUGACGAUAAGAAACAAAUUACUAACCCUCAAGGAGUACAGUUUUAUAAUACGGCCCACGGAAUGCCACUUGCUUUGCCUCCAAGAAUAUCUCCACAAUUUACACAGCAAAUGGCCCUUCCGAAGCCACAAGAGAGUUUGAUCCCUCAGGAACCUACUAUUAGCUCAAAGCCACAGCAGUAUCAUGAUAUGACUAUUUCAUACUCUGUUGACUGUUUCGAUGGCUGGGAAACUAAGAAUUACGAGAAUGAUUGGAACCCAGUAUGGGACAAUCAGCAGAUGGCUCAUUCUCAAUCAACAGAAUUCGAUAUUGGAUCUACUGACUAUUCUUUGUUCUGA